CCAUAAAGCAAACACCUUGAAAGGCAGUGACCAUUGACUUGAAAAAAAAGUGUUCACUCGAACGCGCCCCAUAUCUCUAAAGAAUCGCCCUUUAACACUCAAACUUUAAAAGGGUGACAGAGGAAGUGAGAGAAUUACAGGUCGGUGAGAGCCUACUGUCAGAGCCAAAAGCGCAACGGAGCGGGGACACGAUGUGGUACUUUCCUUCCUUCUCCACAGAGACAUGGACUCUGAUAGCGAUACUAUUUGCUCUCUUUAUGUGGUAUGGAUAUGCACCUUAUGGAUUCUUCAAGAAACUCGGCAUCCAGGGACCUAAACCACUCCCCUUCAUAGGGACGUUUUUAGAGUACAAAAGGGGUAUCUUCAUAUUUGACAAAGAGUGUUACCAGAAGUACGGCGAUGUGUGGGGGUUCUUUGAUGGCAGACUGCCCGUAAUGGGUGUGAUGGACACAGCCAUGAUCAAAACCAUCCUGGUGAAGGAAUGUUACUCAGUGUUUACCAACAGACGGGACUUCGGGCUGAACGGGGAGCUGCACGAUGCUGUAACGAUCGUAGAAGACGAUGAGUGGAAGAGAAUCCGCAGCACUCUGUCUCCCUCCUUCACCAGUGGACGACUCAAAGAUAUGUUCAAGAUAAUGACUCAACACUCAAGAAACCUGGUGAAGUUUCUGCAGAAGAAGGUAGACUCUGACGAAGUCCUGGAAGUUAAAGAAAUCUUUGGGGCCUACAGUAUGGACGUGGUGGCAAGUAGCGCAUUCAGUGUUGACAUUGAUUCUAUCAACCAACCCAAUGAUCCCGUAAUUACCAACGUAAAGGAACUUCUCAAAUUCAACCUGUUAAAUCCUCUACUAAUCUUAAUAGUGUUGUUCCCGUUUAUGCGUCCGCUCCUGGAAAAGUGCAACGUCUCUUUCCUACCUGCCGGUGUUAUGGAAUUCUUCUAUUCCUUCCUGAGGAAGAUCAAAGCAGAGAGGAGCAAGAAUGUGCACAAUACCAGAGUGGACUUAAUGCAGCUGAUGGUGGACUCUCAGAUCCCACAGGACCACGGCUCCAAGGAGUCCGCACACAAAGGGCUGACGGACCACGAGAUCCUGUCCCAGGCGCUGACAUACAUCUUUGCGGGCUAUGAGACCAGCAGCAGCACGCUGGGUUUCCUAUCCUAUAACCUGGCAACCAACCCUGAUGUCCAGGCUACCCUGCAGGACGAGAUCGACCAGACCUUCCCCGACAAGGCUCCCCCCACCUAUGAAGGGCUGAUGCAGAUGGAGUAUCUGGACAUGGUCAUCAACGAGUCCUUGCGGGUGUAUCCCAUCAGCAGCCGCCUCGAGAGAGUUGCCAAGGCUACCGUGGAGGUGAAUGGUGUGACCAUCCCCAAGGGAACCGUUGUCAUGGUUCCAGUCAUGACCCUUCACCACCACCCGACACACUGGCCCGAACCUGACGUCUUCCGACCAGAGAGGUUCAGUAAGGAAAACAGAGAGAACAUUGAUCCCUACACCUACCUUCCAUUUGGGAUGGGGCCAAGGAACUGUAUCGGCAUGCGAUUCGCCCUCCAGGCCAUUAAGUUGGUGAUAGUAGAGAUCCUCCAGAGCUUCAUCUUUGUCCCCUGCAAGGAGACAGAGGUUCCUCUGGAGCUGUUUGACAACGGCUUCAUCGCCCCAAAGAAGCCCAUCAAGCUGAAGCUGGUCCCCCGUGCUGAGGCCCCCAGCCAGGACUGAGAGGAGAGGAGAGGAGAGGCGAGGCGAGGCGAGGCGAGGCGAGGCGAGGCGAGGCGAGGCACAGGCCUAAAGGACUCUACCCUGUUAACCUAGCUCAGCCAGAUUCUUCCUCUGUCAAACAUGGUUGGCAUGGCAAUGAGUAAGGAGUUGUCUAAAGGGCAAGGCAACCUGCCUGUUGGAAGGGAUCAGUUUAGACUCAUUGACAUUCCAGGCUUAUCCUCGGGAAUUAGGAAAAUUAUUGCUUUAAAGUGAAGAAACUACCCAACUAGCUAUAUUACUAAAAUAGUGACUAUAUGUAGGCUUUUUGUAUCAUAUUCUCAGGAACCCCUUGAAAUUAAUUAAAAUGACUCAUCUCAAGGGUCAUGCAAUAAGUAUAAAGUGAAUACAAUAUGGACAAUCGUAGUAACCAUGUGUCCCUUCAUUUGUUUUGUAAAAUAAUGUCUGUUCAGGCAUUGAACAACCACAUAUCACUAACUAACUUACCUGUAAGAGACUGCUGCAACACAAUGUACAACCAAUAUAAUAUAUGACCAUGAAUUAUCUAAUGCUAUUACUGAUGUAAGAUAGUAUCCCUCAUAUAACCCUCUUAUAAAACUCACUUGCCAUGACCAUCAACCCCUUCUGUAUUUUAUGCUUUGCAAUAGAAUGCCUGAGACUGUCACCUCCUCUGUUUGUGCUGUAUGGUGUUUAGGAAUGUGUUAUGUAAUGAUUUCAUAUGUAGUGUAAUUCUAACAGUAAUACUGCUGGACUGAAGUAAACGUUUUCUACUGGAUAGACAA